AUGUCUAUUUACGAAUCUAGUGACCUUGGUCUCCGUCUUCAUCUACCAUUCUGCCCAUCAUGUCUUCCCACUCCUGGUUCGAUAUACCAAGAGGCUCCCACUUCUCUCUAGCCAACAUCCCCUUUGGCAUCAUAUCCAUUCCUUCGUCGACACCACAUGUUGCAACUGCCAUCGGAGAUUACGCCUUAGACUUAGCCAUCUUCGCCGCAAACAACGGCUUCUCCGCUAUAUCUACGAUUCAGCCUCAUCAAGCUGUCUUCUCGGAGCCUACCUUAAAUGCUUUUGCUGCGUUAGGCCGGCCAAUCCACUCCGUGGUUCGCAAAUACAUACAGAGCGUCUUUGCCAAAGACACUCCCUACCCAGAGGUCCUCAAGACCAAUUCGCGCCUCCAGAAGCAAGCCAUAUUUCCCCUGAAAGAAGUACAGACACAUCUGCCCUUCACGAUCGGAGACUACACCGACUUCUACGCUGGUCUGAAUCAUGCGUACAACGUAGGCGUGCUGUUUCGCGGGCCUGCAAAUGCCCUGCAGCCGAACUACAAACACCUCCCCGUCGGGUACCAUGGCCGUGCUUCUUCGGUAGUCGUGUCAGGGACGCCGAUUCGUCGACCAAAUGGCCAGAUCUUGGAGAACCCUGCUGCUGAGCACAAGGUACCCGUUCUCUCACCUUGCAAAAAGCUAGACAUCGAGUUGGAGCUUGGAGCUUUUGUCUGCAGAGCAAACCGAAUGGGAGAGCCUAUCCCAAUCGGAGAAGCGGAGGAAAGCCUCUUUGGUGUUGUCUUGAUGAAUGAUUGGUCGGCUAGAGAUGUCCAAGCAUGGGAGUACGUCCCACUGGGACCCUUCAAUGCAAAAAACUUUGGGACUUCAAUCAGUGCGUGGGUCGUAUUAGCUGACGCAUUGGAACCGUUCUUAGUAAAAGGCUUAGAGAAUGAUACCCAGGUUCUGCCAUAUCUCCAAGAGAAGAAGGCAGAGAACGUGUACGAUAUCAAGCUACAGGUUGAUCUCAAAACAUCAUCCGGCCAAUCGAGCACUGUUUGCAGGACAAGCUCACGAAACCUUCUGUGGUCAUUUCCUCAAAUGCUCACGCACCACUCCAUUACCGGCUGUCCACUUGAAGUUGGAGACCUUUUGGGCUCGGGAACCAUAAGUGGAUUGGAGCCGUCGGAGCGAGGAAGUCUGCUAGAGCAAACCGAAAACGGAAAGGUCUCCAUCAAGCUUUCGGGGGAAGAAGAGCGGAAGUUCCUCGAGGAUGGAGAUGAGGUAACCAUCACUGGAGUCUGUAGGUUUGACGAUGAUGCCCUAGUUGGUUUUGGGGACUGUGUAGGCAGGAUCGAGCCAGCCUUGAAGUUGUAGACAUCUGCGCAAUCCAGCAUUCUUGUCAACCGCUGUUAACCUUUUCAAAAUUUCCGCCAAGUCGAUGGCAGUCGCAAGGGCUCCAGAGGUAUUCUUUCCCUUUGCUCUCUCUGAAAAUGUCCUCGUCCAAUUUGAAAAGGUUAUGCAUAACCUCAUGCGCAUCAGUCCUAUCUUCCCGCGGAAGGCGUAUCAUUGGCGCGAUGACGCCUUUGAAGACGUCGUUAAGGUUGACUUGUUGCUCAAACCAUAGGGCGAUCCUUUCUGUCACUCGACUGUAUAUAAGUAUACCUCGGGCUGCUGCUGAGCUGUUGCUUUGGCGUCGGCCUUGUGGUGGUGCUAAUAGGAAAUCUUGAAACUCAUGAAUGGACUUUCUCAAGCUGAACUUAUGUCCAAUUAUCGUCCCCAUCUCCGAAAAGACACACCCUAGGGAGAAUAUAUCGGCACCUCGGCCAUGCUUGCUCAAUGUGCCGUCAUCUUGU